CUAUAUGUGCGUCAUCAAGGAUCGAUAUAUCUCGAAUCUCGAAUACGACUGUCGAUUCUAGUAAUCCAUUGACGUUAUAACUCCUUAUUUUCCAUUCUACAGUAAUACAGAUUACAUUCAGUUACAGAUAACGAGUUCUAUUACUAGUGGAAUAAUUAGAAGCGGCAAAAUGACGGAAUCUGAGAAUAUUUUCUUGUUUGUGCCCAACAUUAUUGGCUAUGGCAGAGUGAUUUUGGCUAUUAUAUCUUUUUAUUUUAUGACAACUAACCAUGUUAUUGCAUCAUGGUGUUACAUUAUUAGUGCACUAUUAGAUGCAGUGGAUGGUCAUGCAGCAAGAUAUUUUAACCAAAGUACCAAAUUUGGUGGUAUGUUAGAUCAGUUGACUGAUCGUAUUGGUACCAUGUGUCUUUUAGCUACAUUGUGUAUGUUUUAUCCAUCAUAUUCAUUCUGGUUUCAAUUAAGCAUGGCCAUUGACAUUAGUUGCCAUUGGAUAUACUUGCACACAUCACUUUUGCAAGGGAAGACAAGUCACAAAUUUAUUGAUAUGUCUGAAAAUUCAAUUAUGAGAAUGUAUUAUACUAAUCGUACAGUCUUAUUUAUUAUGUGUGCUGGUAAUGAAGCCUUUUAUGCUGCAUUAUAUCUUCUUUACUUUACCCAAGGACCUACUUUUCUUGGUAUAAGUUUAUUUAAGUUGGUAAUGUAUCUUUCUGCACCUAUAGCAUUUAUCAAAGCUGGUAUCUCAUUGUUACAUGGAUAUGUAUCCUGCAUUAAUUUAAGCAUUAUUGAUCUCAAGGAAAGACAAGAGCGUUUAAAAGUAAAUUAAGUUUAUUAAAUAUUUAAUCAAAAUAAAUGUGAUUGAAUGAUCUUCCUAACUUAUAUACAAUUAUAUUUGUGUCAGUUGAUCUAAUUAAAUGUAUCACAUUUGAAGUUAAAAAUCAAAUUAUUUUAACAUAAAGUAGAUAUAUGAUGCUAGUCAUUAUUGAAUUUCUAUUUUAAUAAUAACAAGCAUAUUAUAAAUAUUAUAUGUUAUAUUCCAGAAUAGUUAAAAGUCUAAGAUAUUUAAACAAAUAUCAGUACAAUAGAUCUCAUUAUAUUUUUCUAUUUAAUAAAUAUAUUUUUGUGUGAUGCAUAAAAUUCAAUGAUCUUUUGAAAAGUUGUUUUUUUAGAAUAGCAUUAGUAUAUCUAUAAAUAUACUAAAUAUUGGUUUUUAAAUAUUUUAAUGUAAUCUAUUAAAAAUAUAUUUAAUAUAUUAUAAUUUUAUAUGUAUAUUGUAUAUUGUAGUGUUACAUUUUUCUUGUACUUCAUAGUUCAUUAAGCAUUAUGUGUCUGUAAUGUAUAAAUGAAGCAAAAAAUGUAUAUAAUUCAAAGAAAAUAUUUAAUAAAUAUUUUUGUCUCUUA